AUGGCUGACGAGGUUCUUCAUCUAGCAGUUGGCAGGAAUACGUCGAAGGAGGUGUGGGACUCGAUCACCGCCGCACUUGGGUCCAGCACGAGGGCUCGUUGCCUCAACCUGCUCGGACAGCUCCAGUCAUUGCGGCAAGGUGAUCUUUCUCCGGCGGACUACAUCGGCCAGGCGCAGCUGAUCGUGGAGGCUCUCUCCCUCGCCGGCCGGCCACUUUCCCUCGACGAGCAGAACCUCUGGGUGUUCCGGGGUCUCCGUCCGGAAUUCCGAAGCAUGGCCUCUUCCCUCACCGCCUCCGGCAAACCAGUGUCUCUCCCUCAAUUAGCAGAUUUUUUGCAGGCCCAGGAGUUUACUUACUCCGAUGAUGUUCCGGCUGGUCUUGGCAGUGCGUCCAAUAACUCUCUGGCGGCACUCCAUGUGAACAGAGGCGGCAACCAGUCUGGAGGGCGCUCAGGUGGUCGCCGCGGCAAUUCCGGCCAGGGGCGAGGUAAUCGCGGCGGCCAGUGGCGCGGCGGUCGCGGCGGUGGACGUGGUGGCGGACAGCCUCGCUGCCAGAUAUGUCGGGCUCAUGGUCAUUCCGCUAUCUACUGCAACAAACGGUACACCGCUCAACCGCCGCAGGCCAACUUGACGGUGACCGGAGAUGAAACGGCGUCCGCGGCUGGUUCGUGGUUCCCGGACACCGGCGCGUCUGCCCACGCGACCCCGGAUUCAUCCAUGCUAUCUCAGUCCUCGGAAUAUAAUGGUGGUGAUGUUCUUCGUGUAGGAAAUGGUUCAGGAUUCGACCACUCGGGCAAUCCUGCUUAA